UUGACUCGUAGACACUGUUAGAAAAUCAUUUGGUUUCUACAUCUGUGAUUCUAUAAAUUUUGCUAUAUUAUUUAAUGUAAUAAAUUGUAUUUAUGUCAAUUAAGUAAUAUACUGACAAUAAAAAUAAAGUGAUAAAACUAUAAUAGAAAGGGUGUCCCACUAAGCAAUAUUUUAGGACCUUUCCAGAAUAUAAAGCAAUUUAUUUAUUUGACACGUGUCAAACUAUUUGAAAAUAAAUCUUUUCCACAAAAUUACGUCAUAACACAUAACAAUAACAUCUACCAUUGUUAUAUGUACUUGUAGACUGGUAUUAAAAAUAAUCCGAACUGAACAAUUAAUCAUCGUCUUCCUGACCUUUUCCCAUAUCUAUUUGGGGUUGGUGUAACAUGUUUUCCUCUUCCAUUCAUCUCUAAUGAGAGAUGGUUUUGGCUUUAUAGCGAUUUUGGCUUUAUCAUUAUCAAUUAUCGUAAAAAAUAUUUUUAUAAAUUAAUUAAAAUUCAUGUAAUCUAUAACGUUCGAAAUUAAUAUUUUAAUAUACAGUAUUCUUAGUGAAGAACCUAAAAAUCAUGAGGUCGAUUUUAUUAAUGUGUGUAAUGAUAAAAACAGUUGGAGUGCUAAGUAAAGAUUUGAGUGAAAGUGAAAGGUCUGCCAGAGCAUCAUUUAUCCAAAGACUGUUGAAUAAACAAAAGUACUUGGAAGGAAGGAUUAAGCUUAUUGGAGGACCUACGAAAUUUGAAGGUAACGUUUACAUUUACCACGCUGGCCGGUGGGGUGCAGUCUGCGACGAUUCUUGGGAUAACGCCGCUGCCCAAGUUGUUUGUCGUAACUUCAACAAAACUGGGAUAGCAACUCAUGGUGGACAAUAUGGUGAAGCUAAACGAAAAUAUUGGAUGGAUGAUGUAGUUUGUGAAGGAGAUGAACAAUCUCUUUCACAUUGCAUUUUUUCUGGCUGGGGAUCAUCAGAUUGCGAAGCCAGUGAGGUUGCUGGCGUUAUUUGUGGAAUUGAAAACGAACCUCAAAGUUUCAUUAAAAAGAAACGGCCUAGUAAAAUGAUACAUGAAGUUUUGGAUAUUAAGAGUGCAAGUUUGAGGCUCACUGGAGGAAGAAAUAAUCGAGAAGGUCGAGUGGAGAUAUAUUACAACGGUGCUUGGGGGAGCAUCUGUCCUGAUGGCUGGACGCUAUACGAAGCACUGGCAGUUUGCCAUCACUUAGCCUUAGGCUACGCGGAACAGGCCGUACAAAGUGACUAUUUUGGGAACUCAACGAUAGUACUCAGCGGAGUACAAUGCCAGGGGAAUGAGAGUAAUCUAUUUAUGUGUAAACAUCAAGAGUAUGGAGCUGUUGUAUGCCCUGGUGAAGUUGGUCACGUCGCAGGAGUGAUAUGUACCAAUCAUUUAGCCGACUUAGCUCUAGACGUGGUAGCUAUAGAACGGACUGCUCACCUUCAGGAUGUCCCCAUGUACCAGCUCCAGUGUGCUAUGGAAGAAAACUGCUUGAGCAAGACUGCUUAUGAGAUUAAAAAAACCAACCCAGACUGGCAAUUUGAGACUAGAAGAUUACUCCGGUUCACAGCAUCAUCGUUGAACAUUGGUAAUGAAGAAUUCAGGCCCUAUCUUCCAAAGCAUUUAUGGCAGUGGCACCUCUGUCAUAUGCAUUACCAUAGUAUGGAGGUAUUUGCAACUUUCGAUGUCUUGGAUGCGACCGGCAGAAGAAUUGCCGAGGGCCAUAAGGCAUCAUUCUGCUUAGAAGACAAUACUUGCAUGCCAGGAGUUGAAAGAAAAUUCUCAUGUAAAAACUAUGGAGAUCAAGGAGUUUCUGUAAAUUGCUCUGACAUCUACCAAUACAAUAUUGACUGCCAAUGGGUAGAUGUAACUGACAUCCAACCAGGAGAAUAUACUUUCAAGGUGGCUGUGAAUCCUCAUGCUAGAGUAGCAGAACAGCAGUAUCAUAACAAUGCGGCAUCCUGCUCCCUCAGACUCACUGACUCGUACGCGUCAGUGUAUGGAUGUAUACUUCAAAGACCUUAGAAGAAAAAUGGAACACGGAACAGAUAUCUGACGCAAAUGAUAUAUAUGACGCAAAUAUUGACAAGCCCAUAUAGCCUAAAAUUUCAAUACUAACUUAUACAGACAUCAGGCUUUUCAAUGAAUAAUACUAUAAAUCCAAGUUUAUUACUAACUGGCAAUUCCAGGUUGUACCUAACUGAGAUCAGACAACCCUUGUUUUUACAUUCUUCACAGCAUUUCAAUUUAAAUGUUAAAUUGUUUUGCUUAAAAGAUUUAUAUACACAAUUCGUCAUAAAAAAAUAUUUAUACUUUACUAAAGAUAAUAACAGCCAUUUGCCACUGGACUACUCGGUUUAUUUUCUCUUAUUAGAUAAAGAUGGCACGGUGUACCCGCCUAUGCUAACAGUAUACAACGGCAGGGCGCCAGUAGAGGACGAAAGGUUGAUAAUAAAGUCAAGUCACGUGACUCAUCAUGGCGAAUACAAACGGUAUUAACCACGAUGCUUUCUAAAGUGGAUCUCAUGUAGAUCGAACUGACAUGGUAUAUUGUCCGCAAAUGGCAACCUCUAUAGUGUUCACUAAUAACUGUCGUGAGUCAUACUGUAUCAUAAUUAUUUAUGUAAGCUUUACUCACGUUUUUAAAAUCAGAGAUGUCCGACUAGUUUCGAAGUCAAUAGGGGCCUAUAGUCAUAAGCGCGAUUCGCAGCUGUGUCGCGAGCUGCAUUGCGCAAUCAGCACGUUGCUUGUAGCUGCGCGUGUGCGGUCGAUAGCAGUGAUAGUGGCGGUGGAGUCAAUUCCUAUUAAGUUCGAAACUAGUCAAGCAUCCCCGAAUUUAAGACGUAAGUGAAUUCCCUAGUCCUCAUUACUAACAAUCCUUUCCCACCUGCACACCCCGAUUGCAUUUCAUUACAUUUAUACUCGUUUUUCAUUUAGUUCAUUAAAAAUCCUACUACUUGCAGAAAUCAGUAGCGAGAUCUUAGGCUAAUAAACAAAAUAAAUAACUAUAGAACACAAACCUAUUCAUUAUUAAUCUGACCAUUAUUGUACAAAUGUACCAGUUUAACACACUUCCUCACUUCCUGAUGGUUGUUGGCUCGAUUCCAUCACAAUAUAAUCUUUUAUAUUCAUAUAAGCACCUAUUCAAUAUUAUGAAUUCAACAAAUGGACAUAUCAACGUCUAUUUUACAUUUAUAUAUUUGUUAUGGCAACAAUUAAACGGCAAACAGUAAUAAUUUCCAUUAUGUUAAAUAGAUAAUAUCUAUUGUGAGUUAUAUUGAAUUAUAAUUAGAAAAUUAAUCAAAAAUAAAUACUUAAGCAAAGCGAAUAUUAAUAAUUUAUUGUUAUUCAUAUUUAUUAUUAAAUGAA